CGAGCCGUUCAGAAGCUUUGCAGCUUGCUUCAUUGAGCGCUUUUCAGGUUAACGUUUCUGUUCAGAAAGUUGUCUUUGGAGGCGCUGCGAUCAUGGGGCAAAACCAAUCAGGGCUUCCCGGGCAGACUCCUCCAACUGGACAGAAGGAGGAGAAGAAGGAGAAGAAGAAGUUUGAGCCGCAGGCGCCACCAUCGAGAGUCGGGCGCAAGCAGAAGCGUCAGAAAGGACCGGAGGCGGCCUCACGCCUUCCAACCGUGACGCCAGCUACGAAAUGCAAAUUGAGGCUGCUGAAACUAGAGCGGGUCAAGGACUACCUCCUGAUGGAGGAGGAGUUUGUGGCCAACCAGGAGCGCCUGAAGCCUCAGGAGGACAAGAACCAGGAAGACCGCACCAAGGUGGACGACCUGCGCGGCUCUCCCAUGAGCGUCGGAAACCUGGAGGAGAUCAUUGACGAGAAUCACGCAAUCGUGUCGUCAUCUGUGGGACCUGAGUACUACGUGAACGUUCUCUCGUUUGUGGAUAAGGACCAGCUGGAGCCGGGGUGCUCGAUCCUGCUGCACAACAAGGUGCUCUCGGUGGUCGGGCUGCUGCAGGACGAGGUGGACCCCAUGGUCUCGGUCAUGAAGGUGGAGAAGGCCCCUCUGGAGUCGUAUGCUGACGUCGGCGGGCUGGAGCAGCAGAUUCAGGAGAUCAAGGAGGCCGUUGAGCUGCCGCUGACGCACCCUGAGCUAUACGAGGACAUUGGGAUCAAGCCACCGAAGGGGGUCAUCUUGUACGGGGAGCCAGGGACGGGGAAGACGCUCUUAGCCAAGGCCGUGGCCAACUCGACGUCCGCCACGUUCCUGCGUGUGGUCGGCAGCGAGCUGAUUCAGAAGUACUUGGGGGACGGUCCAAAGCUGGUGCGCGAGCUCUUCCGAGUUGCUGACGAGCUGUCGCCCUCCAUCGUCUUCAUCGACGAGAUUGACGCUGUGGGGACCAAACGGUAUGACGCGCAGUCGAGCGGAGAGCGCGAGAUCCAGCGCACGAUGCUCGAGCUUCUGAACCAGCUGGACGGCUUCGACGCCCGUGCUGACGUCAAGGUCAUCCUCGCGACCAACCGGAUAGAGAGCCUGGACCCCGCACUGCUGCGCCCCGGGCGUAUCGACCGGAAGAUCGAAUUCCCACUUCCGGACAUCAAAACGAAGCGGAGAAUCUUCAAUAUCCACACUGGCCGGAUGACGCUCGCGGACGAUGUAAACCUGGAGGAGUUCGUGAUGAGCAAGGACGAGCUUUCGGGGGCCGACAUCAAGGCGGUGUGCACUGAAGCAGGGCUGCUCGCACUGCGGGAGCGGCGCAUGCGGGUAAAUCAGGCCGAUUUUAAGAAGGCCAAAGAAAAAGUCAUGUACAAGAAGAAGGAAGGUGUGCCGGAAGGCCUUUACAUGUAAAGGAGCGUACAUUCUUUUAGCCGUUCCCUGAACAACUCUUCUUCAGAAUCCUGCGAAUGGCCUUCUUGAACAUCUGCCGUGUCUUUGGGGGCCGCCUUGAUCUCUGUGCGCAUGGUUUCAAAGGCCUGCGUCAAAUCGUCCAAUCGCUAUCUAGGCGGUCUGCAUUGUGCAGCUUCAAUAUUACAUAUAUUAGUUUGAGAACCUACAGCCUAGCAAAUGCUUUGGCAAGUGCCACCUCGUGUGAAUCUUGUAAGCAUGGCGCUGCGUAGAUUCGACAGGAAUGAGCUUGGCUCACCGCUAUGGCUGGCCCUCAACAAUUGUAUUGGUGACUACAUACGGACUUUCAAGACAGCCUCGCUUGAUUGUUGCCAGAGUUGAAUGUCAAUUGGUUCAACGAUCAGCUCCUGACGCC